GUUUGAGAAAAAGAUUUGGCAGUCUACAUGAAGUGUAAAUAGUGAAUGUUUAAUUUGAGUUUCUAACAUUUUAUACAUGUUUAUCUCGCCUCCAGCUAAAUAAUAUUUUAGAUAGAAAACAUUAGUCAGUUGUUGAAUUUUAUAUUUAAUUGAAUGGAUUCGGAAGAAGAGAUAUAUGAUGAAUCUGAUUCCGGUAAUGUAUCUAGUGGUGCUGAAGAUGAUUGUUUAUGUUUUGACUCGGAAUCCUCUGUGAGGGACCGAAUAGAAUUAGAAGACGAUUUUCAAUAUGAAGUGCUUAGUACCGAAGAAAUUGUGCAGCAUAUGGUGGACUGUAUCAAAGAAGUGAAUAACAUCGUUGAGAUUCCACCAACUAUAACUAGAAUUCUUUUAAAUUAUUUUAAAUGGGAUAAAGAGAAACUUUAUGAAAGAUAUUAUGAUGGUGAUCCUGACAGGCUUUUUAAAGAAGCACGCAUUAUCAAUCCACAAAAUCCAGUUCAUAGGAGUAGUAAAAAACAAGCCACUACACCUAAAACUCAGCUGUGUGAGAUAUGUUUGCGGGAAAUACCUUCAAGUCUUAUGACAGGUCUAGCUUGUGGACACCGAUUCUGUACAGAAUGUUGGACUGUUUAUCUUACCACAAAAAUUAUGGAGCAUGGAGAUGUUGAGACUAUUCCCUGCUCUGCAGUUGGGUGUGAUAUUUUGGUUGAUGAUCAGACUGUCAUGAACUUGAUAGUUGAUCCUAAAGUAAAAUUAAAGUAUCAACACCUAAUCACAAAUAGCUUUAUUGCUUGUAACCGUCUGCUACAGCACUGCCCUCAGCCUGACUGUGACAAUGUUAUCAAAGCUCAUUAUGUUGAUGCUCGUCCUGUUACAUGUACCUGUGGUCAUACUUUCUGUUUUCAGUGUUCUCGAAAUUGGCAUGACCCUGUAAAGUGCCACUUGCUGAAAAAAUGGCAAAAGAAAUGUGAUGAUGACAGUGAAACGUCUAAUUGGAUUGCAGCAAACACAAAGGAAUGUCCAAGUUGUAAUAUCACCAUUGAGAAGGAUGGAGGUUGUAAUCAUAUGAUUUGCAAGAAUCAGAAUUGCAGAUUUGAUUUCUGUUGGGUCUGUCUGGGCCCAUGGAAUCCUCAUGGAUCAGCAUGGUACAAUUGCAACCGUUAUGAUGAAGAAGUAGCCAAAGCAGCAAGGUAUGCACAAGAGAAGUCCCGCUCUGCUCUUCAGCGAUAUCUGUUUUAUUGCAAUCGCUAUAUGAACCACAUGCAGAGCUUAAAAUUUGAAAACAAGCUAUAUGCUUCAGUUAAAGAAAAAAUGGAGGAAAUGCAGCAGCAUAACAUGUCAUGGAUAGAAGUCCAGUUCCUAAAGAAGGCAGUUGAUGUCUUGUGCCAGUGUCGUCAGACAUUGAUGUACACAUAUGUUUUUGCAUAUUAUUUAAAGAAGAAUAAUCAAUCUGCAAUUUUUGAGGAUAACCAAAGUGAUUUAGAAAAUGCUACUGAGCAACUGUCCGAGUAUUUGGAACGAGACAUAACUCAAGAGAAUCUAUUAGCCAUUAAACAGAAAGUUCAAGAUAAAUACAGGUACUGUGACAGCAGAAGAAAAGUUCUUUUAGAUCAUGUACAUGAAGGCUAUGACAAAGAUUGUUGGGAAUACACUGAAUGACAUGAGGAGAUGGAUCCAUACUUUUUUUGGGGUCAACAAAUGCAGGAUACUAAAUUUGAGGCCUCUCAGCCUUCAACGUCUUUUCAGUAAUGGGUAAAGUUUGGUAGUAAAAUGUAAAAAAAAAUUGUGACUUUGUUUCUGUUUCCAAGAAGACUGUCAACAACCUUCAAUAAGCAAGGUAAUUUGAGUGCAUUUCAGUACUGUGUCCCAGUGUAAAUCAGUCUUGUUUAGUUUUACUUAUUAUCAUUUGACAUUUUCUCUAGAAAUUAUAGCAUAAAAUUAUGUACAAUUUUAUUUCAAGCAUGUUAUUUUUUUUCGCAAAAAAUUUUUAACUGCUUCAUCAAAGCAUAGGAGAUGAGAUUCAAAAGUGUUUCAUCUCUCUUCUUUUCUGAAAUAUAUAUACAAGGCACUUAAUAUUAUGUUUUGUUAAGUACUAUUGUGUGAUUUUAGUUAUGCAAAUGAGCUAACUUCUGUCUUUUCUUUUUUAAUGAGUUAAUUUUGAUGGAAAUUUGAAUUACUACUGUAUCUACUAUAAUUUUGUUCCUAUUUGUUUUUGUUUUAGUUCCUAAUCCACACAAAUAAUCAUUUAUUUCACUGUUUAUAAAAUCAUUUGGAUAACAUUACUGUAGAUUUCUUUGCUAGAUAUUUGUAGUUUGAGAUAUGUGAAUAUGUAUUGAAUAUUGAAUUUUGCUAAUAAUGCUUUAGUGCCUGUCGCUGUAUAUAAAAUCUGCUAUUGGAUUAGCUUUCUUGUUAAAAUAGCUGGAGACAUUUUGUCAAAUAUUUUAACAUAUAAUUAAUAAAUUAUUGCUGUCAAAAUA